AUGCGUUGCUCCCACUGUGGCCUGAAGUCUAAGCGCAAAAAUAGUUGUUUACAUUUAUAUAAGCCAACGGCACUACCGGAAGUAGAACGUAAAACAUUCAAAUUCAAACCAAAUUUAAUGGAACAGAGUCGGACAGCGUAUGACAAAGUGGAUAUACCGAUUGAAUUCAAGGUCUCACCAGAAAGCUUAUUACAUUUAGCCGCCAGAGUGCUUGAUGCACUACCAUUGCCCGAUGUCUUUGGCUGGACUAACGAUGAUGUUUGUAAUUGGUUGAGAUGUUUGGAUUAUGCACAUUAUGAGCACACAUUUCGGUUGAAUUCAAUAACUGGCCGGAAGCUACUACUAAUUGAUUCCAAUACACUGUGCGCUAUGAAUAUAAAAAAUUUCAACGAUAUUAAACAUUUAACACACGCCAUACGCCAACUAUUCCACACGGAGCUGACGAGUUUGUUGCGUAGUGUCGCAUUAAACUCGCAGAACAUUUGUGAAAUGUAUAAAUUCUCGCAGGCGAGUGGCUAUGAUCAUUUAAGGCGUUCCGAUAUUUUGUGUAAACUAGGCUUUAUGCGUGAGAAAUCAAAAUAUCUCUGCCACUGGGAUAUACUCGAGAGUUGGCUGUCCCGUUCAACGGUCCUGAAACAAACGGAGUUAUUUGGUGCAAGAUAAGGAAUUUUUCUUGACUAUAAUAUGAAA